AUGCGGCCGGCGGGAGCCGCGGCCGGCUUGGGAUCGCCGGCGCGGGACCUGUCGCUGUGCGGAGAGCUGCUGCAGGCCCCGCCGCCCCUGACCUCGUCUCCGUCGCCGGCCGCGCCCUCGGGGCCGCCGCUCCCCGCUGCAGCCGGCGCGACCCUCAGCCGCCUUCCGGAGCCGCUGCUGCGGAGGCUCAGCGGGAGCUUGGACCGAGCGCCCGAGGGCCGAGGAUGGAGGAGGCUGGCCGAGGUGGCGGGGAGUCGGGGGCGCCUCCGGCUCAGUUGUCUCGACUUGGAGCAGUGUUCUCUCAAGGUCCUGGAGCCUGAAGGCAGCCCCAGCCUGUGUUUACUGAAGCUGCUGGCUGAGAAGGGCUGUACGGUCAUGGAGCUGAGCGACUUCCUGCAGGCCAUGGAGCACACCGAGGUCCUUCAGCUUCUCAGCCCCCCAGGAAUAAAGAUCACUGUAAACCCCGAAUCCAAGGCAGUCUUGGCGGGACAGUUUGUGAAGCUGUGUUGCCGGGCAACUGGACAUCCUUUUGUACAAUAUCAAUGGUUCAAAAUGAAUAAAGAGAUUCCGAAUGGAAAUGCAUCUGAACUUGUUUUUAACACAGUGCAUGUAAGAGAUGCGGGCUUUUAUGUCUGUCGAGUUAAUAAUAAUUUCACCUUUGAAUUUAGCCAGUGGUCACAGCUGGAUGUUUGCGAUGUCACAGAAGUAACAGAAAGCUUCCAGAGCAGUUGGGACGGCAUCUCUGAAUCCAAGUUGCAAAUCUGUGUUGAACCAAAGUCCCAAAAGCUGAUGCCUGGCAGCACGUUGAUCUUACAGUGUGUGGCUGUCGGAAGCCCCAUUCCUCAGUACCAGUGGUUCAAAAACGAAUCACGAUUAACACACGAGACAAAAAAGCUAUACAUGGUACCUUAUGUGGAUUUGGAGCAUCAAGGAACCUACUGGUGUCGUGUAUAUAACGAUCGAGAGAGUCAAGACAGCAAGAAAGUAGACGUCAUCGUAGGAAGAACAGAUGAGGCAGUGGAAUGCACCGAAGAUGAAUUGACGAAUCUCGGGCAUCCUGAUAAUCAAGAGCAAACGGUUGACCAACCUUUGGCAAAGGACAAGGUUGCUCUUUUGAUAGGAAAUAUGAAUUAUUGGGAGCAUCCCAAGCUUAAAGCUCCUUUGGUGGAUGUGUAUGAAUUGACCAACUUGUUAAGACAGCUAGAUUUCAAAGUUGUUUCACUGUUGGAUCUUACUGAAUAUGAGAUGCGUAACGCCGUGGAUGAAUUUUUACUGCUUUUAGACAAAGGAGUCUAUGGGCUGUUGUAUUACGCGGGACAUGGAUAUGAGAACUUCGGGAACAGCUUUAUGGUCCCUGUGGAUGCUCCAAAUCCGUAUAGGUCAGAAAACUGUCUGUGUGUACAGAGUAUACUGAAACUGAUGCAAGAAAAGGAAACGGGACUCAACGUGUUCCUGCUGGACAUGUGCAGGAAAAGAAAUGACUAUGACGAUACCAUCCCAAUCCUGGACGCCCUGAGAGUCACCGCGAAUAUUGUCUUUGGAUACGCCACGUGUCAAGGAGCAGAAGCUUUUGAAAUACAGCAUUCUGGGCUGGCAAAUGGAAUCUUCAUGAAGUUUUUAAAGGAUAGGUUAUUAGAAGAAAAGAAAAUUACUGUGUUACUGGAUGAAGUUGCAGAAGAUAUGGGUAAAUGUCACCUUACCAAAGGCAAGCAGGCUCUAGAGAUUCGAAGUAGCUUAUCUGAGAAGAGAGCCCUCACUGACCCAAUCCAGGGAGCGGCACAUUCCGCGGAGUCUCUGGUGCGAAACCUCCAGUGGGCCAAGGCGCACGAGCUUCCAGAAAGUAUGUGUCUUAAAUUUCAGUGUGGUGUUCAGAUUCAAUUAGGAUUUGCAGCCGAGUUUUCCAACGUCAUGAUAAUCUAUACGAGUAUAGUCCACAAACCACCCGAUAUAUUAAUGUGCGAUGCCUAUGUUACUGACUUUCCACUUGAUCUAGAUAUUGACCCCAAAGACGCAAAUAAAGGGACCCCUGAAGAGACCGGCAGCUAUUUAGUAUCAAAGGAGCUUCCCAAGCACUGCCUGUACACUAGGCUCAGCUCACUGCAGAAAUUAAAGGAACAUCUGGUCUUCACCGUCUGUCUGUCGUAUCAGUACUCAGGACUGGAAGAUACCGUAGAGGAAAAGCAGGAGGUGAAUGUGGGAAAACCUCUCAUUGCUAAACUCGACAUUCAUCGGGGCUCAGGGAGGAAGACGUGCUUCCAGACUUGCGUCAUGUGUAACGGUCCUUACCCCAGCUCUGCCGCCAGCUCCGCGGGGGCGGCCCGCUACCGCCCACCUCAGGACUCCUUCUCCGGCGCUUACCACUCCCACCUCAGUAACUCGAGCAGCGUGAUGCCAUCAGAUGGCUGUCGCUGCAGCCGGACUGCGGACACCUUCGUUUCAAGCCAUCACACCCACCAUUACUCGCGUCAGUUUGGCAGAAGCAACGUGCCAGUAGAGACGACUGAUGAAAUACCGUUCACGUUCUCUGAUGGGCUUAGAAUUUCUGAAAAGUGACUUCUUUGUUCUCAAAAGUUCUCAUAAUUAAUAGAUGUCUCAUCCAACAGUACUUACAUAAAGUGAGAUACUAGGGGAAAAGCAAAUAGAUACACAUGUAGCAAGAGAAAAUUAGUUAACAGGCAUUUCAUGGCAAACUCAGGACUUUGAGACGUUGGAAUUAUUUAACUACAAACCUCCUCUUAAGAUUUUGUGGAUGGGUUAAUUUCUUCUGUAAGUAUGAAGUAUGGACAUGUAUAUGUUUGUGUACAUAACAGUGUUUUCAUCUUGACCACUCUGAAGUAAGAACAGUGGGAACGGCAUUACUGUAGAAUAAGUCAUUGUAUUUCUAGAACCAGGAAAAGAACCUUGGUGAUGAUCAGGCUUCACCUAAUUUUUGUCAGUGGGAGAAACAGACCGAGGCAGCUUCUGUAAGUUGGAGUUGAGACCUCCAGGUUUGUACUGCAGUGUGUAUUCCACUACACAUUGCCUUCCUGACACCUUCUGAGACAGGCAUGAUUUCUGUAGAUAGACUCUAAGACAUGUAAAUAAGAAUGUCUGUGUAUAAUCUAGAAGCACAUGAACUUUAGUUUGUGA